UUCAUUUACUGACUAGCAUUUUAAAUUUGAAAAAAAAAAAAAUGACGUGACCUCGGAAGAGGAACUUCUGUGUUGUUCUCAAAAUAACCCCUCGUGCUAGCGGCUUCCCAGCAUAGACAAUAUACGCUCUCCAGCAGACAACGAUUGCAAUAAAAAAUAUGCAAAAUAUCAUAAAAUAUACCUUUUUAUGACAUUCCUGCAUAUAUUUCUGCAUAAUAAUAUAUAAAUGUCGUCGGAUUCUGUAGAAGAGUGGCAGGAGCAGCUGGAUGUUGAGAAACUUGUCAGACGGAUCAGAGACACAGUGUAAGAAAUGAAGAUCAGCUUCAACCCAAUGAAUAUCCUCAGUAUUUGAGACCAAACCUUUACAAAGGUCUGAGCUGAGAGCUGGAGAGUUUUGGCAACAAUGGAAAAGUAAGUGUAGUUCACAGCUAAGUAUUUACAGAGCCUUACAAAAGUAUUUAUACCCCUUGAGCCUUUUCACAUAUCACAUUCAACCACAAACUUAAUUUUGCUUUGGAGGAUUUCAUAAAGUGGACCAGCACAAACCAGGGCUUAGCUGGUAUGAAUACGUCUAUCAGGGACUGAAGCUUUGCUCUUGAAGGAUCUCGCUUGCAGCCUGAUGAAAACCUUGUCUUUAGAUCAGCUUCUAGUUUCAACAUCCCCAUCAAGACCUUCAGACAGUAUAAAGACUGAAGGCCAGCAGGAGAAGGACACAGAGGCGACAGUACGCCAGCAGCUGGAGUGUGUGUGCUACGGCCUCGGCUCCUUUUCUUCGUGUGUCUCAGCCCGCUACCAGCUUGCCAUGUUGCUGCUGCUACUGGAUGCAGGACAUAUUCCCUUGAAGGAUUGCGCUCUUUAUGAUCCUGCAUUCACCGUGGCAGAAAAGGACAUUUUAAGAGAGCUGGGUUUGACUGUGCUUACACAAAAUGAGGAGGGGAAGCGUCUGGCCACUAAGCCCACCUUAUUUUAUCUGAUGCACUGUGGAAAAGCCCUUUACAACAACCUGCUGUGGCAGAACUGGAACCCACACUGUUUGUCUCUGGUUACGAUCAUCGGAAACUGCUUCAGCGGCAUCAGAGAGAGGACCAUCGAGAGGGAGUUGAAGCGGGAUUACAGCUACAUUAGCAGAGCUGUGGAUUUGUGUGAAGAGAGACUUCUGCCUUGUCCUUCCCGUCUGGUAGACGUCUUCAGUGACACAGCAAUUAUCACUUUUCCUUCGGACCGACUAAACAAACUCCCCUCAUCUACUUGGACUGACUCACCUGAACCACAAUACCAACAUUGCUCAGAUUUAGAAAUUAUACUGAAACAAACACCCGUCUUAGACUCUCCUGAAACAGGUCUUAGCUAACAACGGAUGUAUUUUCAAGCCUAACAUUGAUACACCUUUUUUUAAAAUAAAUGCCCAAUCUGACAGAUCAGCAUCAUUGCAUGUUUAUUUUGAGGCUUUUCGGGAGAAGAAAAAUUAUAUUUAGUUCAGGUUUGGUUUCAUUUAGCAAUAAUUACUGUCAUUAGGUUAGUUUAUGCCUGUUAUUUUAAGUGUUUUAUUUCUGUUUAUUGGGGGAACUACUUUCAUAUUUUUGAAUAUGUUUCUUUAGGUUAAACUGCAGUAGCUUGACUAAAAAGAUUAUUUCCGUUCUGUGAAGUUCUGACAACCAACAUUUUCUGCAAAAGCUAACUUGACAGGAACCAGGUUCUAAAUAUCAGAUAUGAAAGAUGCAGAUUUUGACGAAUAUUAGCAUCGGUACUAUGUCUAGAACUAGUGUGUCUAAUUAAACAAAAGGUGAAAUUGCUAAAUACCGAAGACCAUUUUUCAGCCUUUUUCUAAUUGUUGCAGAAUACUUACCUCUUAACAUGCUUACCAAGAUCUGAGAGCAUCUGAGAGUUGGCACCAAGGUUUUUACAGGUUCCUUGAGGACCGCACAUACCCACCUGCGAGUGAAUUUACUUGAUUAACCUCCAAUAAAAGUUGGUAGCCAUCUUAAAGAUU